UGCCUUCAGAAUCCUUCUCAAGUAAACUGCCCACAACUGCCUUCUAACCGCGCAAGCCUCUCCCGCCACCUACCACCACCACCACCACCUCACCACCCGCGGUGGUGAUUCAUAUACUCACAGAAAGGAAACCUUAAAAAUGGGUAUGAACUCGAACAGGGUCGAACACUUUUCCAGCCCCGAAGCACAAGCACAACCACCAGCACCAGCCGGCCCAGAAAGCACAGCCGUAAGUGUCAUAGUUUCUGCAAAUGCAAUGCAAAUGCCGCCGCUAGAAGUUCACAGAGUGUGCCUGCCGCCGCCUAGGACCACCGUGCAGAAACUUCGGCACCGCCUGUCGGAGAUAUUCUUCCCUGAUGAUCCACUUCAUAGGUUUAAGGAUCAAACAUGGUUCAGGAAGCUGGUUCUCGGGCUCCAGUUUUUCUUUCCUGUGUUCCAGUGGGCUCCAAAUUACAGCCUCAAACUCCUCAAAUCUGAUGUUGUUUCCGGGCUUACAAUUGCAAGUCUUGCAAUUCCACAGGGUAUUAGUUAUGCAAAGCUAGCAAAUUUGCCUCCCAUAAUUGGACUAUACUCAAGUUUCGUGCCGCCUUUGAUAUAUUCUGUUCUUGGGAGUUCUAGACAUCUCGCUGUCGGUCCUGUAUCGAUAGCUUCUCUUGUAAUGGGCACAAUGCUCAGCGAAACAGUUUCGUACACUGAAGAACCAAUUCUUUAUCUUAAACUGGCUUUUACAGCAACAUUCUUUGCAGGAGUUUUCCAGGCUUCCCUAGGAUUUCUAAGGUUAGGAUUUGUUAUUGAUUUUCUGUCGAAGGCAACUCUAGUCGGCUUCAUGGCUGGUGCAGCAGUAAUUGUUUCGUUGCAGCAGCUAAAAGGGCUACUUGGGAUCGUCCAUUUCACGAGCAAGAUGCAACUCAUUCCUGUGUUAUCUUCUGUCUUCCAUCACAUAGAUGAGUGGUCUUGGCAAACCAUCGCCAUGGGAGUUGGUUUUCUGGUCUUCUUACUGGCAACAAGGCAAAUUAGCUUGAGAAAACCGAAACUCUUCUGGAUUUCAGCAGCUGCGCCGUUAGCAUCGGUCAUUCUGUCAACCCUUCUAGUUCUGUGCCUUAAAUCCAAAGUUCCCGGGAUUAAAACUAUUGGGCACUUGCCUAAGGGUCUGAAUCCACCGUCUUCGAACAUGCUGUAUUUUAGUGGCCCUCAUCUUGCUCUAGCAAUCAAAACUGGCAUCAUAACUGGAAUACUUUCCCUUACAGAAGGGAUUGCUGUUGGAAGGACGUUCGCGGCUCUAAAGAACUACCAAGUUGAUGGGAACAAAGAAAUGAUGGCCAUCGGCCUCAUGAACAUGGCCGGUUCUUGUUCUUCAUGCUACGUCACCACAGGAUCAUUUUCUCGAUCAGCUGUCAAUUACAAUGCUGGAGCUCAAACAGUUGUCUCGAAUGUAAUAAUGGCUGCAUCCGUGCUUGUGACUUUGCUGUUUCUCAUGCCGCUCUUCUAUUACACUCCCAACCUCAUUCUAGCAGCCAUUAUCAUAACUGCUGUGAUCGGCCUGAUUGAUUAUCAGGCAGCAAUAAAGCUGUGGAAAGUAGACAAACUUGAUUUCUUGGCUUGCUUAUGUUCGUUUCUCGGUGUUCUGUUCAUCUCAGUGCCUCUCGGUCUUGCUAUAGCAGUUGGAGUUUCUGUUUUCAAGAUUCUGUUGCAUGUAACACGGCCCAAUACAGUCAUUUUGGGUAACAUUCCUGGAACUCAAAUAUAUCAGAACCUUAGUAGAUAUAGAGAUGCUGUCAGAGUUCCAUCGUUUCUCAUCAUCGCAGUUGAAGCUCCUAUGUACUUUGCAAAUUCCACUUACCUUCAUGAAAGGAUACUGAGAUGGAUUAGAGAAGAGGAAGAGUGGCUAGCAUCAAACAACAGAAGCAAUAUGAAAUGUGUGAUUCUUGAUAUGACCGCGGUGACAGCAAUAGACACGAGCGGGAUUGAUACUAUUAACGAACUCAGAAAGAUGCUCGAUAAAAGAUCACUCAAGCUUGUCUUGGCAAACCCCGUUGGAAGUGUAAUGGAGAAACUACAUCAAUCGAACGUCUUGGAGUCGUUCGGCUUGGAAGGAGUUUACGUAACAGUUGGAGAAGCAGUAGCCGACAUAUCAUCUGCAUGGAAAGCUCAGCCCUGAAGAAUGAAUGGCUUUGACCGACAUAUGAUCAGUGUAGGUUGAAGGGAGAGCGCUUUCAACGUGGUUUACCACGAAUGAAGCUAAAGUUAUCGAUAUGUAUUGUGUAGCUUGACUCUGUAUCAACUCUUCCAAGAAGAGUUUUUGCUUCAUCAUUGACAAUGAAGUUACCAGACUUCCACUAUGGUAUUUCUUAGUGAAAUUUCUUGCAAUUCUGUUUCAUUCUGAAAUAAUAAGACUGUCCUUCCAUU